AGUCUCGGGGGCGGAGGCGGCGGCGGCGAGCGAGAGGGCUGCCGGGCCUGGCGGUCGGCGGCUACGGGCGCUCACGGCGCUGCGCUCGGCUCCGACGGCCUCUUCCGUGCGCGGAGGGCACCCGGCGGCCGGAGCAGAGACUCCUCUCCAUGGUCCAGAAGAGCAGCAUGUCCCGGGGCCCUUACCCACCCUCGCAAGAGAUCCCCAUGGAAGUCUUCGACCCCAGCCCGCAGGGCAAAUACAGCAAGAGGAAAGGGCGGUUCAAACGCUCAGAUGGGAGCACAUCCUCUGAUACCACAUCCAACAGCUUCGUCCGCCAGGGUUCCGCGGAGUCCUACACAAGCCGUCCGUCGGACUCUGACGUAUCUCUGGAGGAGGACCGAGAAGCCUUAAGGAAAGAGGCAGAGCGCCAGGCGCUGGCCCAGCUCGAGAAAGCCAAGACUAAGCCGGUGGCUUUUGCCGUGCGGACAAAUGUGGGUUACAAUCCAUCUCCGGGGGAUGAGGUGCCUGUGCAGGGCGUGGCCAUCACCUUCGAGCCCAAGGACUUCCUGCACAUCAAGGAGAAAUACAGUAAUGACUGGUGGAUAGGGCGGCUGGUGAAGGAGGGCUGUGAGGUGGGCUUCAUCCCCAGCCCCGUGAAGCUGGACAGCCUGCGACUGCUGCAGGAGCAGAAGCUGCGCCAGAAUCGCCUCAGCUCCAGCAAAUCAGGUGACAACUCGAGUUCCAGCCUGGGAGAUGUGGUGACUGGCACCCGCCGCCCCACACCCCCUGCCAGUGGUAAUGAGAUGACUAACUUAGCCUUUGAACUAGACCCCCUAGAGUUAGAGGAGGAAGAGGCAGAGCUGGGGGAGCAGAGCGGCUCUGCCAAGACUAGCGUUAGCAGUGUCACCACCCCACCGCCCCACGGCAAGCGCAUCCCCUUCUUUAAGAAGACAGAGCAUGUGCCCCCCUACGACGUGGUGCCUUCCAUGAGGCCCAUCAUCCUGGUGGGACCAUCGCUCAAGGGCUAUGAGGUCACAGACAUGAUGCAGAAAGCUCUGUUCGACUUCUUGAAGCACCGGUUUGAUGGCAGGAUCUCCAUCACCCGGGUGACGGCCGACAUCUCCCUUGCCAAGCGCUCUGUCCUCAACAACCCCAGCAAGCAUGUGAUCAUUGAGCGCUCCAACACGCGCUCCAGCCUGGCCGAAGUGCAGAGCGAGAUCGAGCGGAUCUUUGAGCUGGCCCGGACCCUGCAGCUGGUUGCCCUGGACGCUGAUACCAUCAACCACCCGGCCCAGCUCUCCAAGACCUCGCUGGCGCCCAUCAUAGUUUACAUCAAGAUCACCUCUCCCAAGGUCCUCCAGAGACUCAUCAAAUCCCGGGGGAAGUCUCAAUCUAAACACCUCAAUGUCCAGAUAGCUGCCUCGGAGAAGCUGGCCCAGUGUCCUCCGGAAAUGUUUGACAUCAUCCUGGACGAGAACCAAUUGGAAGACGCCUGCGAGCACCUAGCUGAGUACUUGGAAGCCUAUUGGAAGGCCACGCACCCGCCCAGCAGCACGCCGCCCAAUCCGCUGCUGAACCGCACCAUGGCUACAGCAGCCCUGGCUGCCAGUCCCGCCCCUGUCUCCAACCUCCAGGGACCCUACCUUGCUUCUGGGGACCAGCCGCUGGAGCGGGCCACCGGGGAGCACGCCAGUGUGCGAGAGUACCCAGGGGAACCGGGCCAGCCCCCGGGCCACCACCCCCCAGGCAGGGUGGGCACCGUUCGGGCACUGUCCCGCCAAGACACCUUUGACGCUGAGACCCCAGCCAGCCGAAACUCGGCCUACAUGGAGCCGGGAGACUCGUGCGUGGACAUGGAGACGGACCCCUCCGAGGGCCCAGGGCCUGGGGACCCCGCGGGGGAUGGCACCCCACCGGUGCACCAGGGCUCCUGGGAGGAGGAGGAAGAGGACGAGGACUACGGGGAGGACCUGCCUGACAAUAGGGGCCGAGCCCGGAACAAGGCCCGCUACUGUGCGGAGCGCGGGGGCCCGGUGCUGGGGCGCAACAAGAAUGAGCUGGAGGGCUGGGGCCGGGGUGUCUACAUCCGCUGAGGGGGGCACGAGGGAGGGAUGGGGGCUCACUGUGGUUGGGCCUCAUCUCCGGGGUCACCCUCUUUCAGAUGCCUUUCCUUGGUGUUGGAGUUUUUUGGGGGUACCUGCCUGGUUCCUGGGCGCCCCUCAAGCCCCAGCAGUGGGGUUUCCUUACCUGCUGAGGACAAAUGGGGAUACCCUCCACUUUUGAAGUGUCCCCCUUUUCCCUAUCCCCCUGAGAAAAGGUGCACUUCUAACUCUUCUUCUUUGGGGCAAAGGUCCCAAAUGGGGUGGCCCACAGAACCACCCUCAGACCCCAGCCUCGCUUCCCCACAGCAUUGUCUUGUGCUUGAAAGCUACAGCUUGGGAGGUUUAGCGAGGGGUUCUGGCAGCCUCAGAUGCUGCCCCUGCCCUCCCUGGCUGGGGGCGGUGCCAGGCUGGCAGCUGAAUAGAACCACCAGAAAUGCCCCCAAACCUCUGCCUCGCCCACCCAGGAAUGAGCUUUGCCCCAUCCUCCCGCCUGCUGCUAUCUGACCAGGGGGGCCCUCUGCAUCUGAGCCCCCGUUUCCGUGCCACCUGGGUGUGGGGACCUCGUUCUAAACCAAAAAGUGGGUCCUCCACCUUUGUCCUGAGGCCCCAGGGGUGGCUUGGUGCCCGCCUGAGAGGACCCCAUCCUGGGGUUGUCUGGGGCCCUUGGGUCUCCUGGGGAGCUUGGCUGCUGCUGCUGCUGCUUCUCUGUAUUUGCCCCUUGUACUCCUGUCCUUUCCUGUGCCCACUUUCCCCAGGGGAGGUCUCGGUGGCCCCUCACCCCUGGGGUAACCUUGGCCUCAGCGUCCCCAGAGGCCAGCAACCCUGCCCCUGCUCAGCACCCCAGCUGGGUCAGAGAGAGCCGAUUGUGCCAACAAGGACUGGGCCCUGCCCGGCUGCCUGCCUCAGGGAUGGGCGCCUGUGCCUGUCUCGCCACCUCCUGUGCCAAUGCCGCCCCACCCCCUCAGGGCGGGGUGCAGUCCGCUUCCUGGUUAGAAGACUCCACUGCCCGGCCCCCACCCAGCUCCACCUGGUGUCCUGUGCCUCCUCUGUCUGUCUUUUUGUCUGUACUCUUCCACCGGAACUAUUUUGCCACAUAUAAAACCUCUCGUCCUGUC